AUGCCUGAUCACUUUGAUUACAAACUCAAUGUCAAUGUCGAAAAAGGUGUUCAACUGUUUGGUCAAAUUGGAAAAACUUUUUAUGAAGCAAAAUGGAUUCAACCAAGGGAGCCUCAAAUUAUUUUAAUCGAAAUGGAUAAUGAAACUGCAUAUCAUGAGGCAUCAUUUUACAUUCAACUCAAUUCGCAUGAUCAUAUCAUUCAUACCUUUGGUUUUGUCGAUAAUGAUCUUCAUUUACCUAUUCUACUACAAGAACGUGCUCCCUUUGGUAAUCUUAGUGCUUUACUACAACAAAAUCGAUUUAAACCUUCUCAACAAGUACUUGUCGAAAUCUUUAAUCAAAUCGUUGAUGCCAUGAUUUAUAUUGUUGCUCAAAAUAUUGUUCACGGUGAUCUCUGCUGUCAUAAUGUACUUGUUUUUAAAAUGAAUUCAAAUAAACGAGAAGAAAAUCUAGUCAAGUUAACCAAUUAUCAUAAUGCACGAUCGAUCGAUCAGCCAAUCAAGAACGACGAUCGAAUAACAGCUCCAAUACGAUACUGUGCAGUCGAAAUUCUACGUAGUGCAGGUCGAUCAAACUAUUCUGAAUUAUCUGAUGUUUAUUCGAUGGGUGUACUCAUGUGGGAAGCUUGUUCACAAGUUGAAAUUCCAUAUACAAAUAUAAGCAAUAUUGAAAUUCGACAAAGAAAAUUGAGAGGUGAAAAAUUACAGCGUCCGUAUCAAUGUGAUGAUCAUUUAUGGCUGAUAGUUCAAGAUUGUUGGCAUAAUGAACCAGAUCUACGUUACACGUUUUCAGAGAUCAAGGUUCGACUAUCUAACAUUAAAAUUGAAAAACCGUCGAUAUCCUAUGACUUUGCACUCAAUAUAGAUGUCAAACAAGGUGCACUGAUGCCUGGCACCAGAAAAAAUAAUGUCUAUAAUGCAGAAUGGCUAUUAAGAAAGGGUCCAAAAAUUGUGCUCAUUAAGAAAGAUGAAGACAUAGCUACACGUGAAAUUGAAUUUUAUCGUCAGUUGAAAAUACAUCCUCGCAUUAUACAAGUAUUCGGUUUAGUUGAUUCUAAAAGUUCUGGCUCGAUCUUUCUAUUACAAGAGUGUGCAUCACAUGGCAAUCUUUCGACAUUGUUACGAGAAAAUCAUUUCAAACCACUUCCCAUCGUUCUUGUCGAGAUUUUUUCUCAACUUCUUGAUGCCAUGGCUUAUAUUUCAAGUAAGAAAAUUGUACAUGGUAAUUUGUGUUGUCGAAAUGUACUUGUCUUUAAAAUGAAUCCAUAUCAUCGAAAAGGAAACUCCGUUAAAUUGACUAAUUUUGAUUAUGCACAAUUCAUGGAUCAUCUUAAAAAUGGCAAAGAUGAAAUAAUUGCCACAGUAAGAUACUGUGCACCUGAAAUUCUAGAAAGUGAAGGUCAAUCAAAAUAUUCGGAAGCAUCAGAUGUAUAUUCAUUGGGCGUUCUCAUGUGGGAAGCUUGUUCGAAAGGUAAACUUCCGUAUGCAUCAAUUGCCGAUGAUAAUGAGGUUCGACAGCGAAAAUUGAGCGGUGAAAAAUUAUCAAAACCAGAUAACUUCGAUGAAAAGAUUUGGGAACUCAUUCAAAUGUGUUGGGCAACUCAAACAGAUUUACGUUUCAAUUUUGCAGAAAUGAGAACAUUGAUCUCGAGAAUCAAACCAAGAGUGGCAUGGCAUUACAAGUAUAAUCUUAAUAUUGACGUUCAAAAAGGUGUUCAACUGUUCGGACAACUUGGAAAGAGUUUUUAUCAAGCAACAUGGAGCUCAAGGCAUGAAAGUCCAACCAUUUUAAUCGAAAUGGAUCAUGAAACUGCAUAUCGUGAAGCAUCAUUUUAUAUUCAACUCAAUCAUAAUGAUCAUAUUGUUCAUACAUUUGGUUUCGUCAAUAAUAAUCGUCAUUUGCCAAUGUUGUUACAAGAACGUGCACCUUUUCAUAAUCUGAGCAUUCUGUUACAAGAGGAUGGAUUUCAGCCUUCACAAGAAGUACUUAUUGAAAUAUUUGGUCAAAUUGUUGAUGCCAUGAUUUAUAUUGCUGGAAGAAAUAUUGUUCAUGGUGAUUUAUGUUGUCGUAAUGUACUUGUCUUCAAAAUGAAUUCAAAUCAACGAAAAGGAAAUUUGGUCAAGGUAACGAAUUUUCAUAAUGCGCAGCACACUGAUGAAACGUUGAAUGACAAUGAUCGACUAAUCAUCCCCGUACGAUACUGUGCACCUGAAAUUCUACAUACUCGAGGUAAAUCAAAUUAUUCAGAAGCAUCAGAUGUCUAUUCGAUGGGUGUACUCAUGUGGGAAGCUUAUUCACAAGGAGAAAUUCCUUAUGCAAAUAUGAGUAACAAUGAAAUUCGACAACGACGAUUAAGAGGUGAACAAUUACAGCCACCAUCUAAAUGCCACACUGAUGAGUGGACACUAAUUACACAAUGUUGCCUCAAAGAACCAGAGAUACGUUGGACUUUUUCCCAAUUGCAAAGUCUACUAUCAAGCAUCAGAAUAAAGUAA